AUGUGUGUAGAAUGUCGUGCCAUCAACAACAUUACGGUAAAGUAUAGGCAUCUGAUCCCUAGGCUUGAUGACAUGCUAGAUGAAUUGCAUGGUUCUUCUGUUUUCUCAAAAAUAGAUUUGAAAAGUGGUUAUCACCAAAUUCGCAUGAAAGAAGGUGAUGAAUGGAAGACCGCAUUCAAAACUAAGCUAGGAUUGUAUGAGUGGCUUGUCAUGCCUUUUGGCCUUACUAAUGCACCUAGUACAUUCAUGCGUUUGAUGAAUCAUAUCUUGCGAGCUUUUAUUGGUCAUUUUGUUGUUGUCUACUUUGAUGACAUUCUUAUCUAUAGCAAGAACCGUGAGGAACAUAAGCUGCAUUUGAAAUCUGUCCUAGACGUCCUUAGGAAAGAAAGGUUUAUUGUAGGUGCUGAUGGACUCAGGGUGGAUGAAGAAAAGAUCAAAGCCAUCCGUGAUUGGCCUAGCCCCAAAACCGUUGGAGAGGUAAGGAGCUUUCAUGGGCUAGCUGGGUUCUACCGGAGGUUUGUUCGGAACUUCAGCACAAUAGCAGCUCCACUCACAGAGGUAAUUAAGAAGAAUGUUGGUUUCAAGUGGGAACAAGCUCAGGAGGAGGCGUUUCAAAUACUUAAAGGGAAGUUAACUCAAACUCCUUUACUUACACUUCCUGAUUUCUCCAAAACUUUUAAGAUAGAAUGUGAUGCCUCAGGAGUGGGUAUUGGUGUUGUGUUGAUGCAGGAAAAGAAACCCAUUGCCUACUUCAGUGAAAAAUUGGGAUGA